GGUGUCAUCAAGCACAUGGCACACCUUAACUCAGCCUUCGCAACACACAAAGCCACAUUUUGUCACCAAUCAGAAGUUUGUUCCAGGCAGGAAGCUGGUUACUCACAUGGCCUCAGUGAUUCGAUUGAGAUCAAAACGCAGAGGUUUCCUCUGUGUACUUUACAGACAGCACAGCGAGACAUAAAGAUAAGAGAGUAGGAACGAAAGAAGAAAGCUUGAAGACUGAAAAAAGACAGAUACAGAUACGCUUUAUGACAAAAGAAAGAAUUGGAGUUCUUCUCGAAUACAAGACAGACAAGAUUGUCCUGACUGACUUAAGAAACUAAAGAAGAAAAAAUCUGUUAUUGAAAUACUGGAUAUACCGAGGUACCAGCUGUCAUGUGUUCAGCAGACACUCACAUCCAGUCACGACGCUCGUCCCUUAAACAGACACCUCUGCCAGAUGCUUUGGAGACACACGACACCAUCAAACAGUUUUUGUCUGACCGAAUCCUGAAAGCCACACGGGUGGUGUACAGCACUCUUAUGGAGCGUAACCCGGGUCUCAUAAGAGACAGAAAACACCAUCUUAAGACCUACAGACAGUGCAGCAGCGGGAAGGAGCUUGUUGAUUGGCUGAUAAAACUGAACGACUGUUUCCAGUCUCGGAGUCAGGCGGUCGGGAUGUGGCAAGUUUUGGUGGAUGAGGGCAUUCUGGGUCACGUGAAACAGGAGUUAAACUUCCAGGACAAAGACACACAAUUUUAUCGCUUCAUGGAGGCAGAAUUUGACCUUAAUGGCUCCAACAUUGAGAAAGACUCCAAAGAAGACGAGCUCCAGGAGAGUCUAUCACUGCUGGUCCAGAUGGGUCCAGAUGCUCUGCUGACUAUGAUACUGCGAAAAUGCCCGAGCCAAAGAUCUCCAGAGGACCUUGAAGUUAUUUAUGAAGAGCUUCUUCAUGUUAAAGCCGUGGCCCACUUGUCUACAUCUGUACGGAAGGAAUUGGCAGCAGUGCUGGUUUUUGAAAGCAAUGCCAAGGCGGGAACAGUCUUGUUCAGUCAGGGGGACAAAGGAACUUCCUGGUACAUCCUCUGGAAGGGCUCUGUUAAUGUCAUCACCCACGGCAAGGGGUUGGUUACCACACUUCAUGAAGGGGACGACUUUGGACAACUGGCUCUGGUGAAUGACGCCCCCCGUGCCGCCACUAUCAUCCUAAGGGAGGACCACUGCCACUUCCUGCGGGUGGACAAGCAGGACUUCAUACGAAUCCUUAAGGACGUGGAGGCCAACACCGUCCGUCUGGAAGAACACGGUAAAGUGGUUCUAGUCCUGGAAAAGAUCUCAGCGCAGGACUCCAGCUAUCAGGGUGGAUCAGCAAACAGCAACAGAUAUACAGUAAUGUCAGGAACGCCAGAGAAGAUUUUAGAACACAUGCUUGAGAAGAUUAAAUUGGAAACUAAUGGAAGCGAUUUUAUAGAUCCUAGCGUGAGCGACUUCCUCUUAACUCACCCCGUCUUCAUGCCCUGCAGUCAGCUCUGUGCCGCCCUACAGCAUCAUUACCAAGCAGAACCGUCUGAAGGCACGGAUCUGGAGAAGGCAGCGUAUGCUCUCAAUACCAAGCAGAAGAUUGUAAAGCUGGUGUGUCAAUGGGUGGCUCUGUAUGGUUUGCUGCUGAGGGACGACCCUGUGGGUUCUGAAUUCCUGGAGAAAUUCAGAGAGGGGGUGAUGGCUGAUUCCAGACUCUCCAAUAUGCUUAAAGAACAACUGAGGGACCGGAGAAAAAUCAAAAUAACCGAGAACGGAUGCCAAACUUUAACAAAGCUCAACCAAAAGUUCGAUUGGUUUUCAAAAUAUGAGGAACCUGCGGGGAAAUUGCGAUCGAUAAGAGCCCAAGAUAAAGUCUUGUACGAGAUCUUAAAACCGGACCAUAAAGUCGUGACGCUGAUGUUACCAGUCGAUGCCUCUGUGAAGAACAUCUUGUCUACAUUAGUGGAUCCUGACAGCAACUAUGUCCUGGUGAAGAUGAAUUCUUCGGGAGACAGAGUCCAGCUCAAGUUGGAAGCCACAGCGGUCUCUGCCUCUCUUGGAGUGAACGAGAGGCUUUUUCUCUGCACUACAGACCAAGUGGAGCAACUGACCCCUGUAAAAGACCAGCUCGGCCCUGAGAAGAACACCAUAGAUACGCUGGAGCAGAUGGGAUCCAAGGACAUCGCAUGCCAGCUCACCGGCUACGACUGGGAGAUCUUCAAUGCCAUGCAUGAGGUGGAGUUGGUCUACUACGUUUUUGGACGAGACAAGUUCCCAGGUGCCACCACGGCUAACCUUGAACGUUUUGUCCGUCGUUUCAAUGAGAUUCAGUAUUGGGUUGUUACUGAAUUGUGUCUCUGUGAAGAUCUGGUCAAGAGAGCAACGCUACUGAAGAAGUUUAUCAAGAUAGCCGUUGUUUUAAAAGAACAGAAAAACCUGAACUUAUUCUUCGCCGUGAUGUUCGGGCUCAGUAACAGCGCUGUUCAGAGACUAAAUAAAACAUGGGAGAGACUUCCAAACAAAACCAAGAGGAUCUACUGUGCAUAUGAAAGACUGAUGGAUCCAUCCCGAAAUCACCGAGCCUACAGACUGACUGUCUCUAAACUCAGCCCUCCAUACAUCCCCUUCAUGCCGCUGCUACUUAAAGAUAUGACAUUUAUCCAUGAAGGAAACAAGAACUUCACUGAUAAACUAGUCAACUUUGAGAAAAUGCGUAUGAUCGCGAGGACAGUGAAAACAGUUCGGGAAUGCAGAAGUCAACCUUACGUUCCUUCAUCUCCACAAAAGGGUCUGACAGAGAGAAUGUUUUUGGAUGCACAAGCAAUACGAAUAUCAACAUAUUCAGAUCAAUCUCUGAACCUGCGCAGUGGAACUUUUGAAAGACAGUACAUUCAAAACCUUAAAGUGAUUGACAAUCAGAAGAAACUAACUCAGCUAUCCAGAACCAUAGAACGCUGAGAGACCACGAGACGGCCUUUCUUCACCCCUGCUCUGCUCCAUAUUGGAGAAAAAAACAUUUUAUGCGACCUAUGGAAUCCAUGAUCACCCUAUGUGUGGUUAUGUGGUGUUACAGUCAGUGCUUCAUGGACUGAGCUAAGCCAAGCACUUCUCCAAAAAUGUUGCGGUGCCCCCUGUGGGCCAAAUCUGACACACACUAAACCACAAGCAAUGAAUUUCACUUUAGUGCUGCUGGCAAUAACUGUUAUUUAUACAUUUGUAUACUAUAACAUUGUUGAGUUUCUGUUUCUUGGUUUAUAAGCUUGAGAUAAACAUAUGUAGACAUGCACACGCAUGCGGUCAUUGUAGUUUUAAAGAAAUAAUUAACUUAUGGUUGAAUUAUUAAAAAUAAAUGCACGGUUUUUCACAAUUGAGUGACGGUUGAUGUGAAUUUUAAUAAUUCAACCUGUCACGACCAGUUAUUCUUAACAUUACAGUAUUCUGGAUUAGUGAAAUGUUAACCAUUGAAGUUCAUUAAGAAGCAUUUGUAGAACAACCGUGUGCAGAUUAUUAUAUACUUGUAAAUACUAUUCCAACGCUUUUGUUUAAACCAAUUAGUGCUGUAAGAUAGAACCACCAGUUUCGUAGACAUUAUAAAUAUAUAUGUGAAAGUAUAUCUUAUGCAUUUUUAUUAUGAAGUGUUUAUUUUUUAUAAAUAAAUAAAUAAUUGAAAA